CGCAGCAGUAUGGCCGAGCGAGCGGUGACAGCGAGCGAAGGGGUCGUCCAGAGAAUGCUGUCUGUUGUUGGUGCUCACAGUCUGGUCAGCAGUGUGUGGGGCUACGUGGACACCACCAUCAGGUGGUGCUGGAUCCCCAGCUGGCUGCCGUCGUGGUGUCCCACCUCUCAGAUGCAGCUACAGACUGCAGAGGACAUGAUGCUGCGAUGUGUAGAAGACACUUUCUCCAAACAGUACGUCCCCAUCACCAACGGCAACCAGCUGUGGACCCUGACCUUUAGCAGUGGCCAUGUCAAGGACAAGACCCCCAUGGUUUUGCUCCACGGGUUUGGAGGUGGCGUGGGCCUUUGGGCUCAGAACCUGGACGCUCUCUCCCAGCGCCGGCCCGUCCUUGCCCUGGACCUGCUGGGCUUCGGACAGAGCAGCAGGCCUCUGUUCGCCACAGACGCUCAGGAGGCCGAGGACCAGUUUGUGGACUCUAUAGAGCAGUGGAGGGCUAAAGUGGGUCUGGAGUCCAUGAUACUGCUGGGACACAACCUGGGAGGAUACCUGGCUGUGUCAUACUCUAUUAAAUACCCAGGCAGAGUAAAGCACAUAUUGCUGGUGGAGCCCUGGGGUUUCCCUGAGCGCCCGGACACAGUCGAGGCAGACCGUCCGAUCCCGGUGUGGAUCAAAGCCCUGGGGGCCAUGUUUAGUCCCUUCAACCCCCUGGCUGGCUUGAGACUGGUCGGACCACUGGGUCCCACUCUGGUCCAGACCCUGAGACCGGACUUCAAGAGGAAGUUUUUGUCCAUGUUCGCUGACAACACUGUGUCAGAGUACAUCUACCACCUGAACGUGCAAACCCCCAGUGGGGAAACAGCUUUUAGGAACAUGACCAUUCCCUAUGGCUGGGCGAAGAGACCAAUGCUGCAGAGGAUGGACCAGCUUCCACCUGAGAUUCCCAUCACCAUCAUCUACGGGUCCCGUUCCAGCAUAGACAGCAACUCAGGCAGCGCCAUCAAAGAGAUGAGGCCACACUCUCACGUGGAGAUCAUAACGAUCCGUGGAGCCGGACACUAUGUAUAUGCUGACCAGGCAGAGGACUUCAACCACACAGUUUUGCAAGUGUGUGAUAAAGUGGACUGAAGUAGAGACGAGAGUGAUGACUGAACUUUGGAGAAAAAGGGGAGCACCAUUCGCAAACAUCACUUUAGCAGCUGCUGUGGAGAGACGGGAUCCCUCUUCCUCAAAGCGAGGAGAAGGAGUGCGUCAUACAUCAUGACAGGCACUGAUUUGGUGAUAGUCUACAGGCUCUGAGCUGACAGCACCGAUCAAGUCCCCUUUUGAAUGUUUUUUACCAGCAUUCCUACAAUUAUCAAAUAAUGGCCGCGGGCCUGCAUCACAUGCUCCUUUUACAUUACACCGUGCAGCACACAUUAGGUGGUGCUGCUGCCUCUUGAUCACAUGAUUGCAGCAUUAGUUAUACUGUAUUUCCUCAGAAUUGCCUCUCUCAAAUGCAGUGACGUGCACUUUGAAAUCCAAAUAGCACAAAGCCGCAGUGUUGAAUGAAUGCACAUUAUUGUCAGUAUGUUGUCUUUAAUAGUUCCUUUAGUCGCUCGAUUCAAACAUGCAAAAAUAACUUAACUGGACAAAUUUAAAAAGUCUAUUUUUAUAUCGUGAGAAUACUUCAAGUGUCAAUAUAUUCCUGUAUUUUUGCAUAUUUUCGUUGAGAAAUGCAGUAAGACUAACAUUAUUAUUAUUAAUAUGAUAUAAUAUUAUAUUUGACCACACCUUAAAUUAUAUCACGCUGAAACAGAAUCAGUGUCACUGCAUUCAAAAAGUUCACGUACAGUGUCGUGUGUCAGGAGUUUUCUGUAUAGUGCUUGUGGUUUUUCCGUAUGAUUCUCAUACAGACAGGAAGCAUGUUCCUUAAUACAUCAGUGCAUUAGCACCAGGAAACAGCCAUACAUGUAUGUGCAGCUAAUAAUAAUGUUUUUGUAGCGUCUGUCCUCUGUGCAUGUGAUUUUCUUUGUAAGUCAGAGGUUCAUUUAGAUUGCAUUAAUUGUGGCUGUUGACCUAGAUCAGCUGUAGAAUAAGGCAGAAGUGGUAAGGCUUAUAGCUUUAUAAGCCUGUUUUACACUCUGAAGCUGGUACACAGCCAUCGGGCCAUAUAUAUAAAUAUAUAUAUAUCCAUAUUCAAUUUAAGCAAAGCCUUUAUUUUCCUGUUGUGCACAUACAAUCUAAUUUAUGCUUAUGUGAAUGUGACUGUGUGCCAGCAUUUCGGUGCCACUGAGUUUCUAAGGGUUGAUCCAGUAUUACUGUAGCUAUGUACACAUACAUGAUAUUUCCCUUUAUGUAGAGUGAAGACUAAACCUAAAUAAAGAUUAGACCCAUUUAAAGGUAUUUUAGAGAAGCCAACUGGAUGCCCAGAUGGCUUGCGCUGACACAAACAUCUGUCUGUAGAACGAGGUUUCAUUUUUCACACCAUGCGCGAUGUGUUGGCGUAUGUACACAUACUUCAGACAUCAUAUGUCACCGUUGUCUGUAGCAGUACGAUUUAAAGGGGUGGUAUAUGUAGUAAAGGGCAGAUAAAUAAUGCUCAGAUAUCCACCAACACUCUUCAAAUGCCUUCUUCCCAGCUUGACAGUUGGACUCUCAGUUAUGUGUCUAAAAACUAAAAUACUGAAAAAGCAACAACAUAUAUUUUGCUUUACCAGCCAUAGUUAGACACGUGAUCAGCUGAGGUGAUCAGCAGAAUGUACUGUUGAGCGAGGUUAUGUCCCAGGGCUACACAUUUCAGUGUAUUUUUGACUACAUUUUUUUUAACCUCUGGAUCAAAACACUGAAGAUCCAGUUUCACUGUGAAAAAUAUCGGCUGUUGAUGUCAUCGGGGCUCCAGAAUUUAUUCAGCUACAUUAUGGAAGGUGUAGCAUCCUACGAUUCCAGAGCUUGACACCAUCUAGGGACUAAACAUCAGGAUUUCUGAUCUGCUGCAUUGAGUUUGACGAUCCGUUUUGAAAUCUGUCUCUCUGGAGUGUGCCUUUAAUUCAGUCACUGCGGUAUUUCAAUGUAUAUUUAAAUACUCUACAUAUUAAAGAAACCAAUGGAAAGUCUGCUAAUCCUCCAUAUAGGAUCAUUGGAAUCUCUCUCUACCUCCUCUGGUGCUACUUUAGAAAGGAUAUAUUUAGACCUAUUAAAUCCUUUUGACAUAGCUGAUUUCCUCAUUGAGAUGCUCUAAUGCAGCCUGUGUCUGUAAUAUGAAAGGCAGAAACUCACGUUGAUGCAUAGCUAUGAAGUGUUUCACGGAUGUACUCUGAGAGCUGUGUCUGCACAGCAGCAUUAACAUUAGAGCUGAUUUGCCACAGGGAAACAUGUCUUGGUGUUUUUACUGACUUGACGCAGAUUGUAAACAUGUAUGUGAAAAUGUUCUAUAGUGCAAAUUCUUUUGCAGUCUUCCUACCAUAUUUCUUAAUGUGAACACAAAUAAAAUGUGUGCUAUAGUAUGA